AUGGCGGACCUUGAUGCAAAAAUCAAGUCUGUUAAUGAUAAAAUUAAAAAAGAAGAACAAAUUCGCCAAGCAGCCAUUAAAGUAAAGUCACAAACUCCCAAUACAGUAGUUCAAGCUCAAUGUGAACGUAACAUUGAAGAUUCUUCGAGGAAUAUUGAUUAUUUAACAAAUGAAUUAGAAAAAUUGCAUUUUAAACAACAAAGCGGUAUUAUUAAUAGUGGCGGUAGUCCUCUUCCUCCUACACCAUCACAACAACAACAAUUCCCUCCCCCACAAUCACAAAAUAAUAUUUCACAAGUUGGAUAUGGUGGUGGUGGAUAUUAUCAACCUCAACAACAGCUGCAAUCACCAUCACCAAUGAGUCCUCAAUCUGCUACUAAUUCACCUUACUCAUAUCCUCCUCCUCCAAAUCAACAACAAUUACAAUACCAAUACCCACAACAAGAUCCUUACCAACAACAACAACCACAAGUUGGCUAUAAUAACAACAAUAAUAAUAAUUAUGGUCAACCUUAUCAAUAUCCACCACAACAAAAUUUAAAUCAACAGCAACAAUUUCAACAGCAGCAGCAGCAGCAGCAAAAAAAUUCAUCACUGCAUACACCACAUAAAAGGCCUGCUCUAUCUAAUUUAGGCAAGUUUUUUAUUUCCUAA